AUGACUUUAACACUUCAAUCAUCAGCUUCUUUUAUCAAUUUCAAAGAAACCAAAGGUGUUAAAACACCUGAUGAGUUCUUAGGAAUGGUUUAUUUUGCACAAGCCAAGCCAUCAUGCCGGCUAGUCGCGAAAAGUUCAAUGCAAGAAGCUCAACUCUCCCAUGAGAGAAUCAUGGAAGUGUUGGAAAUUGAGAAAAGAGAGAAGCUACAUGAGUUAACAGCUAAUCACAGCAAUAGUAGUACAAGGGUACCUGUUUUUGUGAUGCUUCCACUUGACACCAUGACUAUGGGAGGGAACUUGAACAGGCCACGAGCGAUGAAUGCGAGCUUGAUGGCGUUGAAAAGUUCUGGAGCUGAAGGGGUGAUGGUGGAUGCUUGGUGGGGAUUGGUGGAGAAAGAUGGACCUUUGAAGUAUAAUUGGGAAGGAUAUGCUGAACUUGUAAAGAUGUGUCAAGAACAUGGAUUGAAGCUUCAAGUUGUCAUGUCUUUUCAUCAAUGUGGAGGAAAUGUUGGAGAUUCUUGCAGUAUUCCUCUACCUCCAUGGGUACUUGAAGAAAUCAGCAAGAAUCCUGACCUUGUCUACACAGAUAGAUCAGGCCGGAGAAAUCCUGAGUAUCUAUCCUUAGGUUGUGAUAUGUUACCAGUACUCAAAGGAAGAACACCUAUUCAAGUAUACACCGACUAUAUGAGGAGCUUCAGAGAAAGAUUCAACGAUUACUUGGGAAACGUCAUAGUGGAAAUCCAAGUGGGAAUGGGCCCUUGUGGAGAGCUAAGAUAUCCAGCCUAUCCCGAAAGCAAUGGUACAUGGAGGUUUCCUGGAAUUGGAGAAUUCCAAUGCUAUGACAAGUACAUGGGAGCUUCAUUGGCAGCAGUGGCCAAGGCAGCUGGAAAGGAUGACUGGGGCCAGGGAGGGCCUCAUGAUUCUGGGAAGUACAACCAGUUUCCUGAGGAUACUGGAUUUUUCCAGAGGGAUGGAACAUGGAACAGUGAAUAUGGACAGUUCUUCCUAGAGUGGUAUUCAGGAAAGCUACUGGAGCAUGGUGACAGAAUAGUAGCAGCAGGAGAAAGUAUAUACCAAGGAACUGGGGCUAAACUAUCUGGAAAGGUAGCUGGGAUUCAUUGGCAUUACAAUACUAGAUCACAUGCUGCAGAGUUAACUUCAGGAUAUUAUAAUACAAGACACAGAGAUGGUUAUCUACCUAUAGCACGUAUGUUAGCGAAACAUGGUGCUGUACUUAACUUUACAUGUAUGGAAAUGAGGGAUGGUGAACAGCCCCAGAGUGCAAACUGUUCACCAGAAGGCUUAGUUCAACAAGUUAAAACUGCAGCUAGAACUGCUAAAGUAGAACUUGCUGGAGAAAAUGCUCUAGAAAGGUAUGAUGGAGGAGCAUUUUCUCAAGUUUUGGCAACAAGCAUGUCAAAUUCUGGAAAUGGAUUGAGUGCAUUUACAUUCUUGCGAAUGAACAAACGGUUGUUUGAGCCAGAAAAUUGGCGGAAUCUAGUGCAAUUUGUGAAGAGCAUGUCUGAAGGAGGUCGAAAUGCUAGCCUUCCAGAGUGUGACUCAAGCAGGACAGACCUCUAUGUAAGAUUUAUCAAAGAGAGUCAUUCUAAGAAAGCUACAGAGGUUGCAGUAGUGUAA